CUGUACUCUGACGUUUGACACCGUAAAGUACAUUUUGUUCGCCGAUGGAACACACGUAUCACUGAAUUAGAUUAGAGCUACAACUUCCAACAAUGUCUUCUAACAACGGAAUUCAGAUCCCCACCCGCCUACCGUUGCUGUUGACCCACGAAGGCGUGCUUUUACCGGGCUCUACGAUGCGAAUAAGCGUGGACACCCCGAGAAACAUGCAACUCGUAAAGAGCAGGUUGUUGAAGGGGACUUCAUUGAAAAGCACCAUCAUAGGGGUGAUCCCCAACACAAGAGACCCCGAAAACGACACCGAGAAUCUACCAUCUCUACACAGUAUCGGGGUAGCGGGCAUGGCGGUGCAGGUGGUGGGCAGUAAUUGGCCAAAGCCCCACUACACCCUCCUGAUUACUGGUGUGUGUCGCUUCCGCCUGGUGGGGCUCCUGAAGGAGCAUCCCUUCCCAGUGGCAGAGGUGGAGCAGCUGGAGCUGUUGGAGCAGUACACCACCCCUGGACGGGCCGCCGGGACGGGCGGGGCAGCAGGGGCCAUCAGGGAGGACGGCGAGCUGAGAGACCUGUCUCAGAUGUUCUACCAGGCUGCAGUGCAGCUGGUGGGGAUGUUGGACAUGUCUGUGCCUGUGGUGGCCAAACUGAGGCGACUCCUGGACAGUCUUCCGAGAGAGACCCUUCCUGACAUCCUGGCCUCCAUGAUACGCACCACCAACAAGGAGAAACUGCAGGUCCUGGAUGCGGUGGAUCUGGAGGAGCGCUUUAAGAGGACCCUGCCCAUGCUGACCAGGCAGAUCGAAGGGCUGAAACUGCUGCACAAAACCAGGAAAGUACGACCUGACGACAACAAGAGGGUGUUGGCAGUGCGUAAGGGAGGAAUGUUUCCAGGUCGACAGUUCUCUCUGGAAGAGGAGGGGGAGGAAGAGGAUGCUGAUGACACAGCUUCUCUAGAGAGGAAGGUGAAAGGAGCCAACAUGCCAGAACCCGCCCUCAAAGUCUGUCUUAAAGAACUCAAGAGACUGAAGAAGAUGCCCCAGUCGAUGCCAGAGUCCGCCCUCACCCGUAACUACCUGGACCUGAUGGUGGAGCUGCCCUGGAGUAAGCAGACCACAGACUGCCUGGACAUCCAUGCUGCUCGUGUCCUAUUGGACAACGACCAUUACGCCAUGGAGAAACUGAAGAGGCGUGUCCUGGAGUACCUGGCUGUGCGGCAGCUGAAGAGUAACCUCAAGGGCCCCAUCUUGUGCUUCGUGGGGCCGCCGGGGGUGGGCAAGACCAGCGUGGGCCGCUCCGUGGCCCGGACCCUGGGGAGGGAGUUCCACCGCAUCUCCCUGGGGGGGGUCUGUGACCAGUCUGACAUCCGCGGCCACAGGCGCACCUACGUGGGCAGCAUGCCCGGACGCAUCAUCAACGGCCUGAAGACAGUGGGGGUCAACAAUCCUGUGUUCCUAUUGGACGAGGUGGACAAGCUGGGCAAGAGUCUGCAGGGAGACCCUGCAGCCGCUCUGCUGGAGGUUCUGGACCCAGAACAGAACCACAGCUUCACCGACCACUACCUCAACGUACCUUUCGACCUCUCCCAGGUUCUGUUCAUUGCCACGGCAAACACCACCACCACCAUCCCCCCGGCUCUGCUGGACAGGAUGGAGGUUCUGCAGGUGCCAGGCUACACCCAGGAGGAGAAGGUGGAGAUCGCCCACCGUCACCUGAUCCCUCACCAGCUGGAGCAGCAUGGCCUCACCCCCCAGCAGCUCCAGAUCCCCCAGGACACUACGCUGGAGAUGACCAGCCGGUACACCCGUGAGGCAGGCGUGCGCUCCCUGGAGAGGAAGAUCGGGGCGAUCUGUCGAGCCGUGGCAGUGAAGGUCGCUGAGGGUCACGAGGUCAUGAAGUCAGAAGCCUCGGUGGCUGAGGGAGCAUCUCAGGGAGUGCAGGAUGGAGACAUGGCAGUGCCCCCGGAGAUGCCCAUAGUGAUCGACCACAUCGCCCUGAAGGACAUUCUGGGGCCUCCCCUCUUUGACAUGGAGGUGUCUGAACGGCUGACCCUGCCGGGAGUGGCGAUCGGUCUAGCUUGGACGCCGCUGGGCGGGGAGAUCAUGUUUGUGGAGGCCAGCCGCACGGAGGGAGAGGGGCAGCUGACUCUCACCGGCCAGCUGGGUGACGUCAUGAAGGAGUCGGCCCAGCUCGCCAUCAGCUGGCUACGCAGCAACGCCAAGACCUACCAGCUCACCAACAUGGUGGGGGGCUCAGAUCCUCUGGAGGGGACAGACAUCCAUCUGCAUUUCCCAGCGGGCGCGGUCACUAAGGAUGGCCCCUCCGCCGGCGUCACCAUGGUAACGUGCCUAGCGUCUCUGUUCAGCGGCCGCCUGGUCAGGUCAGAUGUUGCCAUGACGGGAGAGAUCACACUAAGAGGACUGGUGCUUCCGGUGGGCGGGAUCAAGGACAAGGUCCUGGCAGCCCAUAGGGCAGGGUUGAAACGUCUCAUCAUCCCCAAGCGCAAUGACAAGGACCUGGAGGAGAUCCCUGCCCACAUCAGGGCGGAGCUUGACUUUGUGACUGCAGCCAAUCUUGAUGAUGUCCUGAACGCUGCUUUCGAUGGGGGGUUCCCUGUAGCCUCCCUGACACAACCACACCUGGUCAGCAAGCUGUGAUAGGCUCCUCCACCCGUCCAUCUGGUCAGCAAGCUGUGAUAGGCUCCUCCACCCGUCCAUCUGGUCAGCAAGCUGUGAUAGGCUCCUCCACCCGUCCAAGUUCAGUUCAUGGCCUUUUUAAGAUGGCCUUUUUUUCAGAUUUAUAACCCGUUUUGCCUCUUGGUUUGGGGGUGGUCAAGGGGAGACGAGACGCAGUGUUCAUAUAGAAUGCUGGAUAAACUCUUACUCUCAGCUUGGCCACUGUGCUCAGGACAGGGUUGCCGUGGCAACACAGGGCCCAUCUUCCACCUCGAGCUUGGCAAAGCUCCAGGUUUACAGACUAUAGCACAGACAGGGUCAGAGACAGUGCUGGAGUAUGUCCACAAGAGGCAGAUCAACUAAAAUCUGCAGAUCCAGUAGACGAAAAAGACAAAUUAACAUUACUUAUCUGUUUAACCAAUCUGCCUAUAGCGAGACAGCUAUGUGUGCAUAAUGACAUGAGCGUGAUUGCACAUUUAGCAUAUUGUUAAGAUGCAGCAAUAUUGUCUCUUAACUAGCUGUAAUACAGUUGCUUCUGAAAGCAUUGCUAAUAGACAAAAAUAAAGAUGAUUUCCUCAAUUA